AUGCUGUUGCCACUUCUAUCGAUUCUGGCGGUGACCAUGGCUUAUCCUCAUACCACCGUGGACCCAUCACUCCUUGUGGAUGUCUUUGGGACCCCACCAGCUACUGUCAGACCGACAAACUUACCACCCAGGCUUGAAGACAUUACAGUGAAGCCAACGGAAAGCGGUUUUAUAAACACGAACAGUAAUGGCGAGCCGUGCCAAUGUCUACCUUACUACCUGUGUGAUAGUGACCUAAAUGAUGUACACAGUAACAACGCCAGUGUCACAGGAUACGAAUUGUUAGACGUUAGAUUCGGCGUCAACGAUGACUGUCAGGAGAGUGUGGAGAGAUGCUGCAAGAAGUCCAAGCCUUACGUGGAACCCACAACCCCUGAACCCCCAACAAAAAGGGGUUGUGGGUAUCGCAACCCACACGGUAUCGGCUUCAAAAUAACCGGCGGAAAUGGUGACGAGGCUCAGUUCGGUGAGUUCCCGUGGGUUGUGGCGCUGCUUGACGCUGCUAACGGCAGCUAUGUUGGGGUGGGGGUGCUCAUACACCCCCUCGUGGUCAUGACUGGGGCACAUGUUGUAUACAAAUACCCGGCCGGUGGUCUGAUCGCCCGAGCAGGUGAAUGGGACACGCAGACUACCAAGGAACCUCUCAAGUCACAGGAGAGGCUCGUCGAAGAUAUUGUUAUUAAGGAAGGUUUCCACCCUAAGACUCUCUUUAACGACAUGGCCCUACUCCGCCUGCAGCGCCCUCUGGAGCUGGCCGCUCACAUCAACGUCAUCUGUCUGCCGGAGCAAGACGAGGAGUUAGACUACAGCCGGCAAUGUGUUGCUAACGGAUGGGGGAAGAACGUGUUUGGUGGAAGAGGUCGUUACGCGGUGAUUCUGAAGCGCGUGGACGUAGACAUGGUGCCCUUCGACCAGUGUGCCAACCUGUUAAAGAGGACCCGCCUCGGGAACCACUUCCAACUACACAGGAGCUUCGUGUGCGCUGGUGGGGAGGAGGGAAGAGAUACAUGUCAGGGUGACGGCGGCGCGCCCCUCUCAUGUCCUAUCAGCGAGAAUCGUUACAAGCUCAGCGGUUUAGUCGCUUGGGGUAUAGGUUGUGGGGAGAAAGAUGUACCGGCCGCGUACGUGAGAGUCUCCAUGUUCAGAAGGUGGACAGACGAUAAUAUGUUAUCCUGGGGUCUCAACACCGAUGGAUACACGGCGUAUUGA